AUGGCAGAUGAUUUGCAGAUUUACGCGCAGGCACCGCUCGAAGAACUCUUGGAAGCAGUCAAAAUGAUAAAUGCCGACCUGACUUCAAUAUCCAACUGGAGCUCGACUUACGGGUUAAAAGUGAAUCCAGCAAAGACUCAGCUCAUUGUUAUCGGCAGCCCCAGACAGAUAGCUAGAAUUAACUGGACGCAUAUUCCACCGGUCACGUUUGAUGGAACUACAAUCCCGUACAGUAAAUUUGUCAAAAAUCUGGGUAUUCUCUUUGACAGCACUUUGUCCUGGGCUCCACAGAUUCAAGAACUGAGUCGCAAAAUCUUUGCAUCGGCGGCGUCCUUAAGAAGACUUCGCAAUUUUUUACCAAUCGCCACUAAAACUGCGCUUGCUCAAUCUCUCCUUCUUCCCAUCUUGGACUACGCUGAUGCCUGCUACCUUGAUCUAACAGAGGCACAACUGGACAAACUUGAGCGUCUCCAAAAUUUCUGUAUAAGAUUCAUAUUUGGCUUGCGCAAAUAUGACCAUGUCUCGGAAUUCCGUAACAAGCUCAAGUGGCUUCCUAUCCGUCUUCGCCGGAAUACGCAUAUCCUGUCACUUCUUUACAGUAUUCUGUACAAUCCUGCUACGCCCUCUUAUCUCAAAGAACGUUUUAAGUUCCUUCAUGACGCACAUUCAAGACACUUGAGGUCUACUGCGAAUUUGAGAUUGGAGAUGCCAACACAUACGACUGCCUUUUAUGACAAAUCCUUUGUUGUAGGAGCCAUUCGACUGUGGAACGCACUUCCAUUAUCAAUAAGACGGGCGCAAUCUUUGGAUUCGUUUAAAAGACAAGUAAAAGAUCAUUAUCUAACACAGAUUCAAUAG